UUCUCCAACUUUCAUUUUCUUGAAUUUCUAUGAUUUUAGGAGGAGGCGAAAUCUCGUCCUAAAGAGAAAAUCUAUUAUUAUCGUGAAACUGAUACGAAUGAAGAGGAAGAAUCAAUCUUAACGAAGGACGAGUUCGGCCUGGUCUGUUUUACCAAGAUGAUCAACUGCUCUGUCCCAGCCACGGCGACUGCGGCGUCAAGAAAGACGCCGAAUUGUGUGUACUUUUCGAAGGAAUUUUGCACCAGGAAAUAUGGUGGGAUGAAGUGGAAAGGUAGCGUGUGUCCGACCACAUUGAUAAACCAACAAGACUACAAAUGCAAGCUGCGAGCGCUUGGUGACGUGGGUGGGGUUGAAGUGGCCGGAACCACAAAUGGUAAAAAUAAGACGCUCAAUUGCCGAAAUAGUGAAGCGCUAUGCCUCGGAUUAAAACCACCGUUUCACACGCGAAGUGGAAGCAGUGACCGAAAUCCUCCCACCCAAACGAUGUGUCUGUGCCCACUGGGUUAUACGGGUCCAGCCUGCAGUCGGAUGGAUAUUGACCUCUUCCACUUGGAUUUACUUCAUAACGUUGAUCUUCGCAAUAUUUUGCUCAAAUAUCAGCAAAAGGAUCGUUACUUUAUCGGAGUCACCUUAUUAUUCCUCCUAGUCGUAACGUUAACCUCUGUACUGCUCAUCGUGGCCGGAUGUUCAUUCCUGUGUUCUCGUCUGCCCAAUUUCUUGAAAACGAUGAAACAACUGACUUCCGAUAUUCCAUACUUUUCUCGUCCUCGAGCAUCCCACCGUCAAUCUUCGACACCACAUCGUAAUCAUCACACCCAAACUGAGGAACAAGGCGUCGAAAUAGAGGACACGAUUAAGGGAGGAAGUCAUCGAAAUCAAAAUACACGAGGGGCUUCUUCUAUACUGUGUCAAAUGUCGAGCAGAAUGGUCACGAUGUGUCAAUCUUGUCUUAAUCGACGGGAAGAAGGUGAAGAGGACGAGGAUUAUUACGACAGCGAUUUGGAGUUGAGAUUUCAUCGGGCCAGGAUGGAAAGGAGGCAACGACUUUCUCAGAGGGGUCGGGUUUCGGUGUGAUUAAUUUUGACACGGGUUUGAAAUCUGGUUAAAUAUGAUGUUUUUAGUACUUAUUAGUUGUUUAAUAACUAUUUGUAGCAAUAAUUACUGUGCACGGCUCAAAAUCUGUCGGUCUCAUGUUUGUACUAAGAAAAGUGUUCAUAUUUACUACAGAUAUAUGUCAAGAAAUUUGUGCAUAUGCAAAAUUAUAAAACUUUAAAAUUUCUUCAAUGUAAAUAUUUAGUAGUGAACAUAAUUUAAACUGAUUUUAAAUAUAUCACAAAUCCAGUUCAUGACAAUCUACACGCGAAUAAAUAUGAUCCACAAAUUAAUUCA